UUUACUUUUGCAUUUUAUUUUGCAUCCCAUCUGUCGUCUUGUUUAAAAGUUGACUUAAAGCGUUUGGCACUCUACUUAGAUCCAGUAUUUCAUUUUGGCCCUUUCUAAAGAUUAAACCUGACGGUGUACCAGUCACUAAUGAUAAUAGCAUAUAGUUUCUAACAGCAGAGGGCGCAUGCGGGCAGGGUAGCGAUACGGGAGCGCGCUUGCCUGUCUGCCUGCCUGCCUGUGUGCGCGCACACACAAGCUCCCUCCCUCCCUGUACAGGACAAUAGAGGCUCGAAGAAGGGAAGAGAAGAGAAGAGGAGGGUGCAGAGAGCGGAGUGCGGUGGGCAUCUCGGGAUCAGCACUUCCCUGUGCUUCAUGCCGAGUAGUAAAACAUGGACGAAUGGCCUCCCCAUGUACUUCUGUGAUGUCGCUGUAAGAAUGCGGGCGCCGCGGAUUUCCCGAGUCUUCGCCUUUUCGCUCGUCUUGUGCGGCGUCUGGCUGAAAUCCGCAGCGCAGAGAGCCGCUGGUGUUGGUGCUGGUGUUGGUGUUGAAGUAUUGAUUAAAGUCCAGAUCUUUGACAACAGUGACCUUUCACCUCUGAAAGAAGCUGCGGUUCAGGUGCACGGGAACCAAUCAGUCUUGGCAUCUGGCUUCACAAGGGAGGAUGGUAUUGUCACGGUUACCUUUCUGUACCGCCCAGGAACCUGGGUCAUUGUCUCAGCCUCCAAGCAUGGAUUUGUGACGAACUCCGCCCCUUGGCAUGCCAGUCGCAUCCCUUUGUAUGCUUCAGUGAGCCUGUACCUCCUUCCACAAAGACCGGCUACAUUGCUUCUCUAUGAUGAUGUGGUGCAGCUUCUGCUUGGUUCUCCAGGUUCCAGAAGCCAUCCAUUGGUGCAGCUACAAAGAAAAGCCAUCGGAUCCACAAUCAACGCCUCCCAAGUCACUCUUUCGGCCAUGCUUACCUCCACUAGAAGCCAGUACGAAUUAGGUGGCUUCCCCUAUCCCCUUGGAAUGGAGAACAACAGCACAGUCCUGAACACUAGCUGGGUAGAGCUGACGGCAGUGGCUGCAGUUUGUGCCACACUCGCUGGACCCAAUGGCGCCGAGGUUCAGGUCUCAGAACAGAUCCAGGUUUCCGUCCCUCUUCCCUCAGACUCACCUCUCAAAUCUGCUACCAGUGUCCCUGUCUGGAGGUUUGAGGACAGGACAGGUUUGUGGAUAAGAAGUGGUGUGGGCUACAUUAAAAAAGAUGGGGCUCACAUGACCUGGACUUUUGUGGCUUCACAUUUAGGAUACUGGCUUGCAGCUUUUUCAUCUGGGGGCACAAUGUUAAACAACUCAGCCCUGAGAGAUUUCACCACAUACCAUACCAUCUUCCUUCUGGCAAUUCUGGGUUUUAUGGCUCUUCUGGUUCUCAUCCUGCUCUGCUUAAUGCUCUACUACUGCAGGAGGAGAUGCCUGAAACCUAGGCAACAUCGUCGUAAAAUGUAUAUCUCAUCCACUCUGGAGAGCUCUAAAAGGGACCAGGGUACAUCCACUUCUCACCUUAACCUCAUAAGCGGUGGACGUUUGGAGACCCCUUCCUCCACUGGAGAUGGUGUGAAAUCAGAUCUGUCUUCUACAAGGGACUCACGAGAAGACUUUUUCAGGUGCAAGCAGCGCCAUUCCAGGGGGAACAGCAAGCAAGGCGAAAGCUUCCCAUUGCAUGUCAGCUGCUCCACCAAUACCAACAAUUUGGACCUCCUUCUGCGAGAUAACCACGGCAGGAUUUAUACUUCGGUGGAUGAUUCUAAUGCACGUAAGAACCAUCAUCUCCAUAAUGCCAAGGACAACCAGGGUUAUACAUCCAAUCCUCCUUCUCCCCCACAGUUGCUCCAAUUUGCUGGUCACUAUCAGGAGCAAAGGCGGGACAGCAAGCCCCCAGAGUACUCUGCCUCUCAGGUUGCAGAUAACUUAAACAGGCCAGUCUCCAUGAAUACACAGCCAGGUCAGCUUAUCUUCUGCCAUUCCAUGGAACAAAUGAAGGACAGCAUGUAUCACAGUGUUGUUCCCACCUUAGUCAUCCCGGCACAUUACAUGCGCCUCUCCACUGAUCUGUCAUCCAUGGAACAAGCUGUGGAGAGGCAGCAGCAGCUGCAACAUGAUAUGGAAGCCAUUCAGGUGAGCAUGACAUUACCUCGCCAGCAGACUCAACAGCAGCAGCAAGAAACCAAGCUGCAAAAUGAGGCAGAAAAAGCAAGUCAGCAGGGAGAGGAGUCACAGGAUCAGAACUGGACUUCAGAUGCCUCCUCCGGGCCGGUCCACAUACCUGUUUUGUUCAAUGAAUCGUCAAUGACCCAAAUGAAUGGAGAACUAAAGGCGCUCACAGAGAAGAAGCUACUGGAACUGGGUGUAAAACCUCAUCCUCUGGCCUGGUUUGUGUCACUUGAUGGUCGUUCCAAUUCACUUGUCCGGCACUCAUACAUCGAGCUAGGAAAUGAGCCUCUGCGGGCACCCCAGGAACACCAUGCGGAGACAUACCCUGGGAACUCAGGAAGGUCUUCCCAAAGAAAAAGCAAAGAGGAAAGAAAGGCAAAAGAACUACGUGAGCCAAAGGCCCAUGGCAGGAUCCACUCUAAGCUCCCAGUCAUUGAUACCACCAACCCCAGCACCAGCAGUGAGAGCCACACAGCCCCUUACUCACCAGAUGGCUCCAUGGCACCACUACUUGAUAACACUCCAGAGUCCCGGGGUGGAACAUUUCCACGUAAAGGACGCAGCCGAGACUUCACUGCCCAUGGCAGCACAGAAGACCGCAGAGAUUUGGAGACCAGUCUAGAUUUGGAGACCAGUCCAGAUAAUGAUGAUAAAGAUGAUGAAGACGAGAAUAAGAAGAGCCCAUGGCAGAGACGUGAAGAGAGACCGCUCAUGGUGUUCAAGUAGCCCCCACAAGCUAAGAUCUGUUCUGUCAUAGACUUAUCUGGCAUUUCUACAUUAAGUAUGGCAAUAUAUUGCUGUCAAGGAUGUUUGAACACCUGCUUGAUGCUUUUCUGUGGAGAUGGAUUAGCUUCAGUAGAGACAUUAUAGUUUUAACAUUGACAGGCCUCUACUUGUCAGGAAACCAAGCUAGUGCUUAGGGCUCAUGUUAUCUUGAAUGUCCUGCAGAUAGAGUAUUUUCUAGGAUGUAAAUCAGACAUUGUUUAACAUUCAGUGUCACUACCCUGAGGACAAUCUUUUGUUUUACCCAGGGACUUUUUCACUCUGCUGGGAAUGCGUAUGAGCCAUUUUAAUAAAUGAUGUUGGGACAUAAUCCUUGGGCCUUAAAGAAUUGUAUUAAAGAGAAAUGUUGAAUAGACAUAUGGACUGAAUUGUGGAAGGGCUGGUGACUGCAUUUCUUUCUCAAUCUUUUAAGGCUUUCGUGAAGGUUUGGUUUUUAUAUAAUUGGUGAUAAAAUAGUGUGCUGAAUCCACCUUCCCAAAAUGGGAGUGACAUUUUGCUGGGUUAAUGUGCUAACUCUACAGAUGACUUUCCAUGUAAUGCCCCUGAAUUUACCCUUUUUAAAAUGUCCCAUUUGAACCUAAACUGUGUAAUCAAUUUUACAAUUCUGGAAGGCUUUUAUUUUUUGCAGCUACACUAUAUUAUUCUUUGACAUCCAACUGAAUCCAUAGGCCCCUCAAAAAUGUUUCUUUGGAUGAUUAACAAUUCUACAUUCCUAAAGGGUUCUGCUUUUAGAAAGACAAUACUUUGAUAUGUUGCAGCACUAUGUAUUGAUAUUUUAACAAUAAGUGUCCACUUGCAGCCUUGCCACUCUUUAUGCAGUUUAUUUUGGUAGGUAGCACUGUUGCAUUUACACUGUGCUGAAAAAGUGUACUAUAGCUGAACUUCAAGCACAUUGUUAUGGCCACCAGAUUGUAUUUUUUACCAUAACCAAAUACACGUCAGCGUCACAGAAACGGCAACAGCAAACAAUGAGAAGCCAUAAAAUGUGAACAUGUAAUACAUUAGGGUUCCCCAGAGGAACAAAACCAAAAAAUAAAUAAAAUACACUACAGCACACAAGAUGGAACUUUGCUGUCUAAGACUUUGACACUUUUCGAAUCUGUUUUCUGUUAGCUUUGUGCUAUGACAGAUAAUAGAUGAAAGACCAAAUCUGUAACAUUUCUAUUUCAAUCAAAACUUGUACAGAGAUGCAAUAAGGAUGACCUGGGCUAAUAAAGCCACAAAUAGACUUUAUAGAUUGAACAGCCAUGUUAAUUCCUAUCAAUGCAAUGCUGAAAUCAAUAACAGCUUAUUUUCCUAGAAGAUAUCUGACAUUUACUUGCAGCUUUGACAUAGCAGGAUAAUGCUGCAUUAAAUUAAUUUAAUCAUCUACUUUCUCUUUUACAACCUUCAAAUGUAACCUUUCCAGCUAUACUGUAGUAUAAAUUUGGUCCACGUCAGCUAUAUAACGUUUGUAUCCAGCUGUAAUUUUUGCACUUGAUAUAAAAAGACACUUGUAAUUCAAUUUCGGCUUCAUCACUUCUCCCAGUUUCUCGGAUUGGAAUGCUGAUGCAUGAAAAAAUUGACUCUAAAAGGAAUUCAUCAGGUAUUUUUUUUUUCAUGUCCAAGUAUUGCUUAGCUUAGCAUUUUUACAAAACAUUGUGAACCACUUGUUUAAUAGCACUGUAGUAAACUUAUUUUUUUUUUCCUUAUUUUUUUUUUGUCUGCAAGAUGUACUAAUUUCUUGUGUUUAAAAUAAUUGGUCAUUAUGAUAAACCAUUUUAAUUAUUUUAUUUUAUUGUUUUGCUCUUAAAUAUCACUCAUUUUAGAAUAUAAAUCAGAAAAUACUACCCAUAGCAUGCCAAAGUUCAUACUAAAUGAAGAAAAAAAAAAAAAAAAAAAGAUGUACUAACAUCCUUUUGGCUUUCCUGUCACACUUAUUUUUCUGUUACUGCCUAUAAAGUGCCUUUGUGUGUCAGACUUGGCCCCAGACUUGCUGUGUUCACAUAAUUGUGUUAUUCAAAAUGACAAUCUGACAUACAGGGCCAGUUUUCCCACAUAUAAAUAAGCCAAGAUUUCUGCACUGUCAUUUGUUUUGCCUUAGCAUAUCCUGUGUCUAAUAAACCAGCCUGAAGAUA